UGUUCUGCAUGGGUAGACCCCCUGCCUCGCCAUUCCAGGCAGGCGUUCCGGCAGUCCUCCUCUUGGAGCCGUGGUCUUUUCCUUGAGUAAUAUUCUCCCUUUGGAAGGGACCGUCUGUAUGGUGGGCCCUUUCCCCAGCUAAGAGCCAGGAAUAUGGAGCGAGGUGGUCUCAUGCAUUGAGCCGGCUAGCUUUGUUUUAUGAUUCGGGCACUGGGGCACUCUCCCUCUGCGUAUCAGCUGGGAUGGGAGAGAUGGCACAGGAGAGACUAGAAUCCCAUAGGCCUCUGAGCCCCUCCUGCUCUGAUGACACUCCACGCACCCCCCUGGUUCCCCCCUUGCCUGUUCCUGCUGCUGUCGAAGGGGGCCUGUUGGGAUCAGAUGACGAGGAGCAAGAGGACCCCCGAGAUUACUGCCGAGGUGGGUAUUAUCCAGUGAAGAUCGGGGACCUGUUCAACGGGCGCUACCAUGUGGUGCGGAAACUUGGCUGGGGGCAUUUUUCUACGGUCUGGCUUUGCUGGGACAUACAGCGAAAGCGUUUUGUGGCCCUUAAAGUGGUGAAGAGCGCCGUGCACUAUACGGAGACAGCCGUGGAUGAAAUAAAGCUGCUGAAAUGUGUGCGGGACUCGGAUCCCAGUGACCCGAAGCGUGAGAAUAUUGUCCAGCUCAUCGAUGACUUCAAGAUCUCGGGGAUCAACGGUGUCCAUGUCUGCAUGGUCCUUGAGGUUUUAGGGCACCAGCUGCUAAAAUGGAUCAUCAAAUCCAACUACCAAGGGCUUCCUCUCCCCUGCGUCAAAAGCAUCCUACGCCAGGUACUGCAGGGCCUCGACUACCUUCACACCAAGUGCAAAAUAAUCCACACAGACAUAAAGCCAGAGAAUAUCCUGCUGUGUGUGGAUGAGGGUUAUGUGCGUCGUCUGGCAGCUGAGGCGACUCUCUGGCAACAGGCUGGGGGGCCUCCCCCCUCUGGCUCGGCAGUCAGCUCUGCACCCCAGGAGAUUGUGAAUGGGAAGCUCUCCAAGAACAAGCGGAAGAAAAUGAAGAGGAAACAGAAACGGCAGAGCCAGCUCCUUGCUGAACGACUCCGGGACCUGCAGCAGCUGGAGGACCUAGCGACGACAGCGGGGGAUGUGAGCGAGUCCACGGUGGCCCAAGGAGGAACAGAGCCGACAGGGGGCUCCCUGGCCUGCAGCCCCCAGAGCCUGACCUCAUCCUCCGGCUUCUACACACACAAUGCCUAUGACAGCUGCAAUGGGCACUCACCGCCGGGCACUGCCAGCCGCCACUUCAGCCCGGAUUCAACCACGUCGGGUUUCUCAGGAUCCCUCUUUUCUGGCUCGGCCAUGUCGGGUGUUUCUAACCAGCGGGAGCGUGGAGGACUUCUCUCCCCCAGCACUUUUGGAACCUCUGAAUUCCUGGUGAACCCCUUGGAACCCCAAAAUGCAGAGAAGAUCAAAGUGAAGAUAGCAGAUCUGGGCAACGCCUGCUGGGUGCACAAACAUUUCACAGAGGACAUUCAGACCCGCCAGUAUCGUGCCCUAGAGGUUCUGAUUGGCGCCGUCUACAACACUCCAGCGGAUAUCUGGAGCACGGCGUGUAUGGCAUUUGAGUUGGCAACUGGCGAUUAUCUCUUUGAACCACACUCGGGUGAGGAUUAUACCAGGGACGAAGACCAUAUUGCCCACAUAGUUGAGUUACUGGGUGAUAUUCCUCCUCAAUUUGCUCUUUCGGGGCGCUAUUCCCGCGAGUAUUUCAACCGGCGGGGUGAGCUGCGCCAUAUUAAGAACCUGAAGCACUGGGGCCUGUACGAGGUCCUUGUAGAGAAAUACGAGUGGCCCCUGGAACAAGCGGCCCAGUUCACAGACUUCCUCUUGCCCAUGAUGGCGUUCCUACCCGAAGAGCGUGCCACGGCCUCCCAGUGUCUGCAGCACUCGUGGCUCAAUUCCUAGGGCCCAGCGGAACCUGACAGGCGGGCCGAUCGCUGAAGCAACGGGAUCCCACCUGGCACAGACUCCCUUGCCACAGGGCCUGGUCCCAUCCUGGGCGUAGUAGAGGGAAGGCUCCGCCCUCUUCCCUUAAGUGGGGGGCAUUCCAGGAUUGGAGUCCGGAGGCUGCUCUCUCUGGCUGAUUUGGGGAGGGGGUAUGUAAAGGUUGGCUGAACCCCGACCCUCCUGCUGUGGCCAUUGUUGAAGCAUAGCCAGGAGGUUUUCUUCCUCCGUUUUUCCCCAAGAGGUUGCUUUCUCGAAGUUACCAGUAGGCACUCUCCCUGGGCACCACCGAGAGAUGUCUGACUUUUUAAAUGAGCCUUGGGCUUCCUUGCAACUAAGGCAGAAGGAAUAAGACUUGCCCCGCCCCCUUCCUAACUCAAGCAGGCAAGAGAAAAGACGUGUACCCAUUAUGAAGGGGAAGUUCUCAGUAUGUGUGGAUGUGAUACAGACUGAAUGUGUGGAUAGGGUUUGGAUGAUGAACAAGAGGAUGUGCCUGAGUGUUCAAACAAGACUGUGUCCCUCCCCCAUCCUCACUCCCACGCCAAGGGAAUGUGGCCUUUCUGAGCAGCAGCAAUCAUAUGCAAAGCACAUUAAAUGUGGAAUUUUAUGCCCUCAAUGUGGACGUUUGGUGACGACACAGUUGAGUGGCAGUGGAGAGAGCAAUAAGGCUGCCCUCAGAGAAGGUAGCAGACAUUUUCAGUAGGGAAGUGGAAAGGGAGGCGUCUCCUUGUGGGUCCACUGGCAGUGCCUGGCACCGAAUACCAGAUGUUCCUGGGCUUGCAAACAUUUGCUCAAAGAAUUCUGCCCAAAUGUGAUUGCUGAAUAAAGCAGGACAGGUAUCAGGGAGCCCUUAAGACGCUUCCAAUUCCCCAGGCAUUUAAGAGUCCUUCAUUUUGCCGGGCCCUCAUGUGCCACCAAGAACUGAGUGGCAAGAAUUUGCUCAUAACUGGAUUUUCUCAACAACAACAAAAAAUCAGUGCUUGCUCUAAAAUAAAUCAAGCCUUCAUUGUUCAGGAAAUACUUUUGCAAAGGGAUGGAUGGUAACAGAGACCUUUCCAGAACAGGACUCUUACCUCCACUGUAAGUUGCUCCUCCAGUUUCACUCUUUUCUUACCUUGAUCUCUUCCUCGGUUUCCUUUAUCACUCCAGUCCUUGACCCUAGUUUUUGAGAGGGACACAAGUACUGUUAAGUAUUUUGCAGAAUUUAUUUCACUCUCUAGUUGGAAAAAAGAAAUUGGAAGCUAAGUGAGUGUGUCCGCGUGUCUUGUUUUUUCCUUUUUCUGCUGGUACAUGCUUGGAUGUAGCUGGAGCAUUUGCCAUCUUCAGCACUGUCCUCCCCUCGUUUUGACACUUUUGUGGUAUUUCGAGGCUCUCGGGCAGAGGGAACGGCUGAGUAUAAAUUGGCCAUGUGGGUGUUGUGGCUUGGGUAAAGAAUGUUUUGAAAAUUGUGUAUGAGAAAGGGCUGAAUAGAGGAGCUAAACUGAGACCCCCUCCCCCCGUGCCAGUUCCCGGAAUAAAAGGCAGAACUUAACCUAGAGGAAGGACACAAACAUGACACGCCUUGUGCUGUAAAAGACUGCUGCAUCUGUUUAAACGUAAGAGUUCCAGGCUCUCCCUCUUCCGGGAAGAAUUGGGACGACCCUGGGAGUUCUUAGCCCCUGACUUUGGGAGGGUGUGCAUCUCUGUGCGUGAUGCCUGCAUCUCUUGGGUGCGUGAAACAUCCAGGAGGCCGGUCUUUAAACCAAAGUUGUAACACAGAACCAGGUGCAGGAAGAGUGACGAUAUUAGUUCCUCGCAUUCCUCUUGAACAAGGAACCAGGGCCUUACUCCCAGCGUGGCCCAUGUUUGCUCGCCAGGGUGGGGGGGAACGUGCGUGAGUUUGUGUGUGUUUUAGAAUGCCCCUGCGCUGUUGCAGGGAAUUGAAUAGAACUUUUCAUUAAAACGUUUGCAA